AUGGAUAUCUCUCAGCGGAACAUCCGCAUGAUGCAUCAAAUCGGCGAGUUUCUCGAUCUCGACUCCGCCAAGUCCGACAUGGUAGCCGAAUUCAUCGCUCUUAUCCAAGCGGUGCGCGAGGGUCUCACGCAGAUCGACGACAAUUUCCAGAUCCCCGACGCCCAUGUGAACACGCUGUUCUUGACCAAGCUCAAGUCGCGGCCGAAAUGGAGGGACUGGGCGACAGCCAUGCUGCGAGAUCCCCGCAUAACGGCUAUCAAUACGAGCGAGCACAUAACGUUCCAGGAACUUGCAGGCUUGGCCAUCAAGCAGGAAGAGAUCAUACACCAAGGAUAUUCAAAUGCUCACAGUGCCCCGGGUACCGGAGGUGCGGUUCCGGCGGUUUCAUCUGAGGUGUCAAACAACCCGAAGGCGCUUACUCAGGACGACAUCAACGAGUUUGUCGUCAAGCAGAUGAGCCACGAUGGGAAAUACGUGCAUCGGAAUCGUAGCGUCAAGGGUCAUCAGAAGAGGCCCAGCCAAGAGGAGAUCAAUGAGUACGUGAUUCAGCAGAUGCGCAGAGAACAAGAGCGCAAGACCAGGAACCGCAGUCAGAGCCAGCCAGAACCACACCGGCAGAAUCCACGCGCGAGAGCAAAUGCGGUGCGCUGUACGUUCUGUGGAGAUUCCCAUCAUCAGUCGAACAAUUGCUGGCGCCGGUGGAGAGUUGCUGUCGAAGCUCCCCAGGGCAAUUUCUUGCCAAAACGAGUUGAAUUCAAAUCGCAGAUUCCUGGCCAGCCACCGGUCUACCACUCUGGAUUUACUCUGUUCUAG